UGUAAAAUUUGUACAGAACUUUGUACAAAAUAGUUUCUUGUAAAAAGUGUGGACUAUAAAGUUUCUUUAUAAAUAUGAAUAAGGUUUGUAAAGUGCAGUUAAUAAAAUCUGCCGAUGGGUCUAACAAACCCUCCAUAGUCUUCCAGACGGCGCAAGGUAAAACCGUCCCAGUAAUAAUAAAUAAAAGUGCCAUUAAUCAUGUGCGAUUGCCUAUACAACCUUCAAAUACUAAUCCAAAAGCACCUUCACCUCCUACGAGUACCUGCGCAUCCACCAGUCAAAAGCAAAAAGCUCCGUCACCUCCUUCAAGCGCAUAUAGCAGUCAGAAAGCACCUUCACCUCCCUGCGUAUCCAGUAAACCCAAAGAAACUUCACCUUCAAAUUCAUCUGCAGCUUCUAAACCCAAGAAAGUAGAUAAUAAGUGGAGUCCUGAGCAAUUGCUUGAGCUCAUCAUGGCUGUGAGGGAGCACCCUUCUAUCUUCAACCCCAAAGAUGAUGGGUAUCAGAAUCGGGUGAAACGCUUUAAAAGUUGGGAGCAAGUUGCUGCACAAGUGUCUCUUUUUAGAACAGGCACAACUGUUACUGAAAGCCAAAAUAAAUGGCACUCUCUGAGAACCCAAUUUGCCCAGGAACAGAAAAAGAUAAGGGAAUCAAAGGGUACCGAUACAGAAGCAGCUAAAGUUUACAAACCUACGAUGAAAUUUUACGAGGAGAUGCUCUUCCUCAAAGAUUUUUUGGAAGCUCGCCGAACUGUAGAUAAUGCAGGGGAGGAUGAUAUAUUUGAAGCAAUUCUGCGGGAAGAAGAGGUUUGUUCCUAGCAACACCCAACUAAGUAUUGGGUUAUUUAUUGUUUAAUAAUCUCAUGUUUUUCACCGUGAUAUGCCAGAAUGGGCUGAAAUUUUUCUUAUGGUCAUUUGCAUACACGCGGACACGCCUGACUUGGUGCAAGAGACCAAAGGUGAACAUUAUUUUAAGUGCUUUUUUCUCGCUUAAUAUGGGGUUUUACGAAUUUCUGAUGCCACCAUAGUUUUUUACGGUGUGAGUUCUCUGAAUCAGCUGCUCUGCUUACAGUGUAACAAUCAAUAAGUUGCUGAACUAGACCAUGUAUGAAAAUACCUUUACCUUUAAAUCAUAUAUGCAUAUUAUUUCUCCGUUUCCUUUUCAAUGUUACUAUUUAUUGUUUGCAUUUACUUACGGGCACUUGAUGAUGGAGUCGGUUCGGAAAAUAAGUUACCAGGUCCACCGAUCAAAAGAAGGAAAAGUGCAACAACUGAUUCUCAAUUUGUUCAAGUUCUUCAACAGGCAGGUUCUGCUUUUCAGACCAUCGCAAGUAAGCAAUCAGAAAAGCCUCCAAUGAAAGAAACUGACGAACCGGCGGAUGUCUAUCAGCGUUUUGGUGCAUAUAUUGCUUCUAAACUUCGAUCAAUGGGUCCUGAGAAAGCCUCUCAGGCAGAAGAUAUAAUCAUGGAGGCAUUAAUUCAAAUGCCAAAAUAAUUUUUCACUACCUCCUGUUGCAGCGAGUAAAUUUAUGAUCAUAUUCAUCGUUUUUUCUUCUUUACCAUGCUUUAUUCUCUAAUUUUUCUCGUUUUAAGUAUCUCAAUACAAAAUAAUACUACGCUCUCACCUUUUUAAUUUUCCAUGUCAGAGGCAUUCAGACAAAUUUAGAUUUUCCUACUUUUGAAAUAUUUUAUUUUCGUUCUCAGCAUUCUUGCAGAAAAAUAAUAUUUCUCUGCUUACAUUUCUGAUAAGUUUUCAUGUUCUCUAAUUCUAUUGUCUUUAUACUUACAUUUUUCUUUUUUUAAAUGUUUUAGUCUGUAAGAGAAAAAGAACCAAAAUUAACUUCACUCCCUCAUCUUUUGUACGCACAGAUGUAUUAUGAUUUGAGAAUGUUUUUACGUUCGAAAACUUUUUGAAAUUACUGUCCGUUCUUUGACAAGAUAAUUUUGUAUUUCUGGUACAGGAUUAUAUUUGAUGUCUCUAUCACUCUUACAUCCUCCAUACCCCAAAUAGCAUUUUGUAAUGAAAAAUUUGCUGUGAAGUUGCGAAAGUGUUGUGAUUUUUCUGCGAUAAAAUCACAAUUUUUGGCCAACGUUUGAAAAAUUUUCCCAGAUUUUGGGCGAUUUUAUCACAGAAUUAUUGCAAUUUUAUCUUCUGUACUACCUGUUGCCAAUCUCCUAUUUGAAGUGCAGAAAAAUCGCGAUAUCAUUGCAAUAAUAUCGCGAUCUCCGCUUUCAAACAGGAAAUAUAGGCAAGAGGCGGUACAUAUAAUAAAAUUGUAAUAAUUCUGCGAUGAAAUCACCCAAAAUUGUGGAAAAGGAUCCUAAUGCUGUCCAAAAAUAGUGAUUUUAUUGCAAUGAAAUUGCAAUCAAUGCUUCUUGGGAGUUUGAAUUCUCUUAUUCUUAAUGAUUUUUUUUUGCCAAAAAAAAGCCCCCUUUAGGUGUAAUACUUACAUAAUAAUACUUUUAUUUCCAACUUUCUGUACGUUUAUCUCAAAUACUGUGUAGCAAGUUGCUGUCAUACAGACAUAUCAAUGCACAAUUUAUCAUAACGUCGGUGCUUGCGACUCAAUAGCUGGGGUAUAAUUUAUCUAAAUUUAAAAUUUUAAAGGAGCAGCUAUCUGUA